AUGAGGAUGGCCCUGUCUGAAGUUCCUGGUUGGGAAGAUCCUGUCUAUAGUUCACUGGCCUUCAAAUGGAUUAAAUUUGGCGGACCAUGUGAACAGUGGGAGAAGCAGUUGGUGGAGGCUGAACUGCAGGAUGUAUUAGAAAAUAUUCAAAAAUUCUCUAAUAAGGCACAGGAUGCUGUAACCUUCGGGAGAUGGGGAUGGAUCCUUUUCACAGCAUAUGAGAAACAGCACCAGCAAAAAGAUCACUUACUGGCUGAAUGUUCCCGUAUGCAAGCUCAGAUUAUGACAUUAGAGUCUGCAAAUAAGCUCCUUACUGAUAAACUAGACACUUCUCAAACUGUACCUGAGAAGGAUACAGUACAAGUUGCCCGGUGUAAAGGACUGGGUGGAAAACAAAUUGAAGCUGUACAAACCCAAAUUGAUAUGAAAAUUGGAAAUCUUCCAAAACGACAGUAUAUAGUCAUGAUUGUUCCGAUCCCAGAGUAUAUAAUCGGAAUAGAUAUCCUUAAGGGACUUAUUUUGAAUCUUCUUGAUGGUCAUGAUCAGUUUGGGCUUACCACAAUAACUGUGGAUUAUAGAGAACUGAACAAGAGCACCCCACCUCUUGUGAGAGCUGUACCUGAUAUGAUCACUUUAAUAGAAAGAGUUCAGAGGCAUCCUGGCACGUGGUACACUGUCAUUCACCUGGGCAAUGCAUAUUCUACAAUUCUGAUUGCAGAAGGGCAUUGGGAUCAAUUUGCAUUUACAUGGCAAGGACGGCAGUACACCUUCACCAGGUUUCCUCAAGGAUGGGUUCAUAGUCCAACUAUUUGCCAUAGAAUAGUGGCUGAGCACCUGGAUGAGGUACAGCUCCCUUCUCAUAUGCAAAUAAUCCACUAUAUUGAUGACAUCCUGAUUCAAGGGACCAAUGAGGGUGAAUCACAACAAAUGCUUGAAGUGCUACUAACGCAUAUGAGGCAGAAAGGUUGGAAGAUUAAUCCUACUAAGAUCCAAGGGCCAUCUCAGACUGUUAAAUUCCUAGGAAUACAUUGGAACUGUGGUCAUCGAGAAAUACUACCUAAAGCUCUGCAAAAGAUUCUUGACUUUGCUAUACCACGGAAUAAGAAGGAGGCACAGAGAUUUAUCGGACUAUUUGGUUUCUGGAGACAACAUAUUCCACAUUUAGGACAGAUUCUGGUCCCAUUAUACAAGGUAACUCACAAAAAGCAUGAAUUUGAAUGGGGAAAUGAACAGCAGGCUGCCUUUGAAUUGGCAAAAGAGGCUAUUCAAAGGGCUUUGGACUUAUGGCCCAUGCAGGAUGGCGAAGUAGAAUUAAAUGUAUCUGUAAAUGGGUCAUAUGUUAAUUGGAGCCUCUGGCAGAAACAAUGGAAAAGAAGAGUCCCGUUAGGAUUUUGGGGAGGAAAGUUACCAGAGGCAGGACAUAAUUACACGCCCUUUGAGAAACAACUGUUAGCCUGUUAUUGGGCCUUGAUAGAAACCGAGAAGCUCACGAUAGGUCACAAGGUGGCCCUGCGCCCCGAAAUACCUAUUAUGCAGUGGGUUAAAAGCUCCCCAAAGACUCACUCAAUAGGGUAUGCGCAAGAAUCGAGCAUUAUAAAAUGGAAAUGGUACAUCCAGGACAGAGCUAAGGUGGGACCUGGUGGUGUUGCUGCCCUCCGUGAGCAAGUAGUGGCUGCCCCCAUGCAGGAUCAAGAGGUAAAGCCUGAUCCUAUAGUUGAACAGGAAUCCUCAGUGCAAUGGGGGAAGACCCUGGAUCAGCUGCUACCUCUUGAAAGGGAACACUCACGGUUUACAGAUGGGUCAGCUAAAUAUAUAGGAGGGAAAAGGUUUUGGAAGGCAGUGGCUUAUCCUCCUUCAGGGAAAUUUCUGGAGACCACAGGAAAAGAGGAAAGUAGCCAAUAUGCUGUUAUAUGCACCCUAAAAGGCAUUCAUGUAAUGGGAGGAGUGAUUGAUGCAGACUACCAGGGAGAGAUCAAAGUAAUCCUGCUGAAUAAUGGUGAACAAGAUUUAGAUAUUCAACCCAAUGAUAGAGUAGCACAGCUAUUAAUAUUACCAAUCUUGAAAACAACGGUGAGGAAGGGGGAUCCACCCCAAGUCACUACUGUUCGUGGAGACAAAGGAUUUGGAUCCACCAACUUCAGUAAUGGGGCAAAAGUAUGGGUCCAAGGGCUGAGUGGCCCCCCUGAGCCAGCUGAAGUAAUAGCUGUAGGAAAAGAUAACGCCGUCCUAAUCAUGAAGCCUAGACAGAUAAAAUGGGAACAUGUCCCCGCAAAAUAUGUUAUUUGCGGGAAUAACGAUGGUCUAAGGUUUUGUCUUCUAGAUCUUGUGUGGCACUUCCUGGAAUAUGAAAUCGCUCCUGUGGCAAAUGUAUUCGACCUGAAUGGGCAGCAUACAGGCUGGAAUACAAGUUGA